CUGGUCGAGACAGUCGAGAGUUCGAGAGACGCAGUCGAUACGAGCCGUCAGUGAAUUUCGCGAUUGUACGGAACGCGGCACGCGUUCCUCUAUCGUGUUUCUCGAGUUUUUCGAGGUGGCGCCUCUCCUCUUCGUGCGGCGCGCAUUAGAAGGUUUUCACUUUGCGAUUCUGUCGCCGUCCCGAUCCAACGCAGGACUUGCGGACCGAGAAGGACAGACGAUCGAGCGACGUGAUCCAGCCUGGACUGACCCACGACGGGAGCCUAUUCCAACGUCGUCGUCGUCGUCGUCGUCGUCGUCGCCGUCGCCGUCGCCGCGACGUUUAAACCACGCGUGCUUAGUGUUGCGUCAGAUAGACAGAUAGAUAGAUAAAGAGUGGGAGAGAGAGUGAGAGAUAAAUAGAGAGAGAGAAAGAGGGAGGAAGAAAGAGAUAGAGACGCGGUGAUUCAAAUUCGGAGGUCACAGAGAAAAAUCUUUACACGGAGGAAAGAUGUGGGCUGGGCAGGACGAUACUCAACGAUUCAAAACCAGGGUGUUGAAACCUCCUGGUGGCGGCAGCAGCGACAUUUUUGGCGCAGCACCGGAAGAAACAAGCCCCCGACGCGUCAAGAACCACAACCAGUCGCAGCUCGGCAGCGCGUUAUUCGGCGAUGGUCCGAACAAGAACAGCUCCAACGAUACACCGCGCAACAAGCCCGGUAAUGAUUCAUACAAACGCCUGUUUGGCCCUCCCGAUGCCCCAUCCACCACCCCAAACGCGAAAAAUCACAUGCGCAGCAAUAUCUCCCUCAGCGGGGAUUCUUCGUCCUCGUCGGCAUCGUCGGGUGCCGCGACGUCGCCCGCGAAGAGCACCGCCAGCUCGGACUCGAUCGCGGGCGUCCUCAAUGGAUACGCUGCCAGCAAUGGCAACAACCUGACCAACGAUAUCACAGCUUUCAGGAGAAUCAAACGAUUUCGUGGAUCGUCUUGCAUAACGCGCAACCCGGUCACCGGCGACGGAGUUGACGUGACGCCGAUCAGGCGCAGCGCACGAAGGUGUCGAGAUGGUAAUCCGGUGACUGGGACUGGGUACGCGGAAUCGCAGAACGGGCCUACCACGGCUGUGCUAAACGGGACGUCCAGCUCCAGCUCUAGCAUCGGCGAGAAAUCCGCGGAUUCGUCGCCCGCGGCAAAGGCAUCCGGAGGCGGUCGCGCACGCGUCCCACCUGGUGGCUACUCAUCCGGCCUCUGGUAAAACCGCUGCGACCUGGGAUCUACGAUAGCUGAUCAUCGGCGUCCGUCUUUACCGCCGUUCACCCUUCCAGUGUCCCUUUCGCAGUACAAGCACUCUCUCCGAGGAUCCACCCCUCGGUUUCCAACGAAUCAAAACUCACGAUCCGUCGAGCCCGUGACUCUGCGAACCCUUUUACACCCUUGCAGAGGGAGACAGCCCUGGGAGCGUUCAUUCGGAUGGCUGUCGGGUCGCUAAAAUUGCCUGUCGGGUCGGCGAAGCUGCCUAUAGUUUGCCACUGGAAGGUCUCAUCGGCCGAGGUUGAACGGAUGCUGAAGCAGCGAUCGGAGGGAAUAUUGGGGAGCUACCGAGACUAUUAAAUGCAGAUGGCUAUCUUCAACCGAACCACUCUGUGUAGAAGCAAAUAAGAAUGUACGCUUCGCGAUGAUACGGUACAACCUUGUUUAUCCAAGUACUUCUUUCUUCUUCUCCUUCUUGAUGUUCAGAAAAGGACAGAAGUCCCUGUUUAGAUAAACAAGGUUCUACCGCUAUCUUAACAAGUUUUCUGAAUUCUAGUACACUAAAUUGUAGAGAUGUCCUAUAGCCAUUCUUCAGAGUCUGUUCAACUUCCAUAUCCAUGAAAUCUUCGGGUUUCUCUCGAAGAGUACAGAAAAUUCGGCAAACAUACUUGAACGAGGUCCUGGAAGGGCAAAAGAGCUCUUAUCUUGUCUCUGAAUUGUUUGUAGAACGACUAGGAUUCGUAAAAUCAUGAUUCUAAUCGCAAAUACACUGGAAGGGCCAACAAGCGGAAAGACGCCGAUGUAGAACGAGGAAGAAAAGCAGAGAGAGAAAGAGGGAAAGCAGUAAGAUCGAGAGAGAGAGAGAGAGAGAGAGAGAGAGAGAGAGAGAGUAAAUCCCUUGGGGAUCGAUACCCUAGAUCUUGAUCGCGCAAGACGGAAUUCAUAUAGUCGUUCUGUUCGAAAGAUCAUUCACCUAGAAUGGAAUCUUUGUUUCCCAUGCAGUCUGUUUUUGUAAAUGCGUAACUCUUAAGGUAUUGUGUACUACACACGGCAGAGCUCGUUCUUUCGAAUCACUGGAUUUAAGGGAGAAAGUAACUAAUCGUAGAUAUAGGUGAGAAUUUCUAUUCCGGAUACUGCUACGAUUCCCGAAAUCACAUCGAUUUCUGAACAGAGACAGGUUCGCCAUUCACGAUUGAGUCCUACGCUCGAAUUUCAUUUUACACGGUUCACUCUGGCUACGCAACCCUUCUUCUUCGUCGUUGAUCCUCGCACGUUCAGCGAUUUCCUCGAAAUUGUAUCCCAACUUCAACUGCAAUUGUGGAUCUUGACAUUUCCCAUACUAUUCAACCCUUUGCACUAUGCGAAUAAAAUUGCUAUUUAUUGUAUCUUUAUAACAGUCAACUUAAACUUCAUUUCCACUUAAAAGAACCGAAUUUAAUAAGUUAUGUUUUGUGGAUGACACGUUGUUAUAGUGCACAAGGGGUUAAUAAUACAAAUGCUUUCUUGUAAUCUUGCAUGAAGAUCUGCAAUCUAUUACGAAUGGGAAAAAUUCAUGAAUUCAUGAAUCGACCUAGUCCUGGGGUAAUGGGUAAUUAAUUUUGAGGUGCGUACGAGGGUUGCACGGGUAAUCGUACUUUCAUUAUCACCCCUUUGUUCGUUGGAAAGUAUUGGAAAAGGGAUAUACAGAGGAGUGUAUGUGUUCUGCACAAGAGUUACUUUCCAUGGAGAUCGAGAGCAUCCCCUCAUAUGUGGUGUGCGUAGCCAGAGCCGAUGGUUUAUUUUCGACAAAUUUUUAAGAGACACGACACUGUAUCUCCACGGUGUAUGAUGAUGAUGAUGAUGAUGAUGAUGAUGAUGACGACGACGGUAAUGAUCAUGAUGAUUAACGGUAGACUGGAAAACAUUCGAAGAUCACGUCUUUGAUCAUUAUCUUAAUGAGGAAUAAUUAAUGACUAAAGGGACUGAACGACGCGAGGCAAGGGAGAGAGAAAGACAGACAGAAAAGUUGCUAAAGUAAAAAGGCCAACCUCUUGACUGUAAGACUACUAAUUACACAGGGCGCUUAAUUCGACGAUAGAGAAUAAAAAAGGAACUCGAAACUGUACGAACGUCCAGAGAAGAAAGGAAAAGAGAGCGCUCGACAGACAGACACACGCGCAGGAUAAUUAAUUAUUUAGAUAACGCUCGAUGAACACCUCGGAAUUGUACAUUAGAAGUAGGCAUAUGUUACUCGACAAACAAACAAAAAUAAAUAAAAAAAACACGAUCCUUGUAACCGAUUAAACGAAAACAAAGGAAAAAAGAACCCAUGUCAAGUGCUUUCUUAAUUUUUGUGCCUUUUUGAAUGUAUAGUUUCUUUGGGUUUUUUCGCCCGCAUGUACGUCGUCGCGUCGCGUGUCUAUUUAGGAGGUGGGCGAGAAAGAGAGGAGGGUGGGAGAAGGAGAAAGAGAGAGAGAGAGAGAAAGAGAAAAAGGGUGAGCGAAUGAGAGAGAUAGCACGGUUCCUUUUCUUUUUUCAUUGCGUGUUUUCUGUUAAUUUCGUUGAUUCGAUAAGAAGACGAGAAGGAGAGGUGGAAGACGCGAUUUCGCAUUCAAACGGGAGGAUAUAAUUAUUCAUUUCUACUAAUCGUACGUAGAAAGGUACACACGCUGGAUACUCCUUACCCCGGACUUUAUCGAUCGUAACGAGUUAUGAUUACAAAGUAUCUGUUUAUCGAUUAUUAUCUACUGCACGCGCGCGCGCACACACACACACACACACACACGCGACACGACACACCUUGCGGUCAGCUCGAAGAAACGAGUAUAUAGCAAAAUGAAAAUCCUGUCGAAACUCUCGAGAACUGUUCUUUCAUAGACGCGUCGAUUUUUCCGGCCCUAGCUUGCUUCUUCUUUGUUUCACUAUAUACAACGCUAUAAUUGUAUUUAUUACACAGCUACACUCUUAUUUGCUCGCAUACAAAAGUAUACACACAGGCACAGACAUUCAGACACAAAUACAUAGAAACUCGGACUCUAUCAUCACAUUUUCUCCUAAUUUCCCGGAGAUAUACAAAUUCUGUUCUUCGACGUUUGGUGUGAGUAAAAUCGCAUUGUUUGUAUCGCAUCGUAUUCGUCAUAAGUAGCCCUUUUGUACUCUGGCAUUACUUAAUAAAAUUUUGUAAGCAACAA